UACAAAACUUUGCUCAUCCUCAAUAGAACAUGAAGCUGGUGAAGUGAUUUGCUGUUUGCAAAGAACUAUGCAGUAGAUAAAUUCACAGAUCUGAAUCAAAUUCUGAGAAGAUUGCAGGAAGAUGCCAUCCAAUGUCUUGUACUCUUUGCUUCCAUGUUUGAAAAAGGAGGGAAAAUAUGCUAAUAGAUCAUUCUUGGAUAAUGGAAGCAAAUUAUUAGAGGAUCUCAUUGCUUCUUGUGAUGGCAAAUCCAAUCCAAUACGCCAUUUCUCUGCUGAUGAACUCAUCAGGGCAACCAAUAACUUCCAUCCGUCUUGCCUUAUACAAGAGUGUCGUCCACAUGCAUUUAGGGGUUCUCUGGGCAACCGAUUGGUUAUAAUUAAGACCAUGGAGGCAGCAGAUGAAGCUAGGGACGAAGCUAUUCGUAACAUCGUAAUUUCAGUGCAGAUGAGCACUCAUAAGAAUGUUUUGAAAUUGUUGGGCUGCUGCUUAGAGUUCCCAUUACCAGUUUUGGUGCAUGAAUAUGCAACACUAGGAGUUCUUAACAAGAAAGGAGGUUUGGGGGAUGAUGAAGCUCUGCCAUGGAAAACUAGAAUACGAAUCGCAAAGCAGGUUGCUAGUGCUAUUACUUAUCUCCAUACAGCCUUCCCUAGACCCAUCAUUCAUAGGGAUCUAAGGCCUGAUUGUAUUCUCUUGGAUGAGGACUUUGUUCCCAAAUUAUGUGACUUCUCAUACUCCAUAACGAUUCCUCCUAAGCAAUCACAUGUCAAAGAUAUCGUGAAAGGCACAGUAGGGUAUCUUGAUCCUGUGUAUGUCAAGUCUGCAUACAUUUCAGAAAAAACUGAUGUUUAUAGCUUUGGUGUUAUUUUACUUGUUUUCUUGACGGGGCGAAAACCCUUCAAAGAAAAUCAGAGAGGAUACUUUGAAUAUGAGGACUUCAUUCCAUAUUUGAAGUUACAAUUAGCAUGUGAGGGCCAAAUUCAGACAAUUGUGGAUCCUAAAAUCCUUGAGGAGUUGGGGGAAGGUCAUGAGCGAGCACAACAGCAGUUGCAUGAUUUCUUAUCACUGGCAUUGUCAUGUACCCAACUAGAAAGUGAAGCAAGGCCAGAUAUGAUCGAUGUGGCAAAAGAACUCGUACGAAUUGAGAAAUCUAUCUUGCCAUCCUAGCUAGCUUUAUCCAUUACAUUUAUCGGUCCAAUGGUUGUGCACUAAAAGGUUUGUGUUUGAGGCACGUUUGGCUCCUGAAAGUAUUACAACUUAUGAGUAAGGAGGUGCGUUUUAAGGUGGUGGUGGUGAAGCAGUUGAUUAAUUAUGAGGGGUGUUUUUUUAAGGUAUGGUAGGUGUUUGUGAUAAUGCCUCAAUGAACCAAUCUCCUUGUAUUGUGAAUUCUGUUUUAUGAAAAAUAAUAGAAUAGAAUCACAUAUUCACAUGUCCA